CCUCUCUUUCCUUGGACCCCUCCCUCUCCUUGAUCCGGCGGGAACUGUGCCCUGAUCUGGGGGCAGAUCCCUGGCUAGGUUCUUGGGGGCUCUCUGGACUGAGAUUCCUGGGAAACCUGGUCCAGGGUCCGAGGCUCUGGACCCUGCAGAUGUCCUGUGCAUCCAGAUGGGCAGGAGAGCCAGGUCUGAUGAGGUCCAGGCUGGAGGUCCAGCAGAGUUGGCUCCCAAGGUGAAGGAGCUGAGCUGCCGGCAUUUGAGGGAGGCAGCUUCCAUGGAGCGGAAGGAAUGCCAGGCCCCUGCCCCGACAGACGUGGGCCAGCCUCAGCGCCGACAGCCGACACGCAGAUAGCAGAGCCAUCCGCAGGGUCGAACCAUGAUUCCGGUGACAGAGCUCCGCUACUUCGCGGACACGCAGCCGGCCUACCGGAUCCUGAAGCCCUGGUGGGACGUGUUCACCGACUACAUCUCCAUCGUGAUGCUGAUGAUCGCGGUCUUUGGGGGCACGCUGCAGGUCACCCAAGACAAGAUGAUCUGCCUGCCGUGUAAGUGGGUCACCAAGGACUCCUGCAACGACUCGUUCCGGGGCUGGGCGGCCCCCGGCCCGGAGCCCCCCUACGCCAACGCCACCCUCCUGCCAGCCCCCAACACCGGCCCCACGGGCAUCAAGUACGACCUGGACCGACACCAGUACAACUACGUGGACGCCGUGUGCUACGAGAACCGCCUGCACUGGUUCGCCAAGUACUUCCCCUACCUGGUGCUUCUGCACACGCUCAUCUUCCUGGCCUGCAGCAACUUCUGGUUCAAGUUCCCGCGCACCAGCUCCAAGCUGGAGCACUUCGUGUCCAUCCUGCUCAAGUGCUUCGACUCGCCCUGGACCACGCGGGCCCUGUCGGAGACGGUGGUGGAGGAGAGCGACCCCAAGCCGGCCUUCAGCAAGAUGAACGGCUCCAUGGACAAGAAGUCGUCGACGGUCAGCGAGGACGUGGAGGCCACCGUGCCCAUGCUGCAGCGGACCAAGUCCCGGAUCGAGCAGGGCAUCGUGGACCGCUCGGAGACGGGCGUGCUGGACAAGAAGGAGGGGGAGCAGGCCAAGGCGCUGUUCGAGAAGGUGAAGAAGUUCCGCACCCACGUGGAGGAGGGGGACAUCGUGUACCGGCUCUACAUGCGGCAGACCAUCAUCAAGGUGAUCAAGUUCAUCCUCAUCAUCUGCUACACCGUCUACUACGUGCACAACAUCAAGUUCGACGUGGACUGCACCGUGGACAUCGAGAGCCUGACGGGCUACCGCACGUACCGGUGCGCCCACCCCCUGGCCACGCUCUUCAAGAUCCUGGCCUCCUUCUACAUCAGCCUGGUCAUCUUCUACGGCCUCAUCUGCAUGUACACGCUCUGGUGGAUGCUGCGGCGCUCCCUCAAGAAGUACUCGUUCGAGUCCAUCCGCGAGGAGAGCAGCUACAGCGACAUCCCCGACGUCAAGAAUGACUUCGCCUUCAUGCUGCACCUCAUCGACCAGUACGACCCGCUCUACUCGAAGCGCUUCGCCGUCUUCCUGUCGGAGGUGAGCGAGAACAAGCUGCGGCAGCUGAACCUCAACAACGAGUGGACGCUGGACAAGCUGCGGCAGCGCCUCACCAAGAAUGCGCAGGACAAGCUGGAGCUGCACCUGUUCAUGCUCAGCGGCAUCCCCGACACCGUGUUCGACCUGGUCGAGCUGGAGGUGCUGAAGCUGGAGCUGAUCCCCGACGUGACCAUCCCGCCCAGCAUCGCGCAGCUCACGGGCCUCAAGGAGCUGUGGCUGUACCACACGGCCGCCAAGAUCGAGGCGCCCGCCCUGGCCUUCCUGCGCGAGAACCUGCGGGCGCUGCACAUCAAGUUCACGGACAUCAAGGAGAUCCCGCUGUGGAUCUACAGCCUGAAGACGCUGGAGGAGCUGCACCUGACGGGCAACCUGAGCGCCGAGAACAACCGCUACAUCGUCAUCGACGGGCUGCGCGAGCUCAAGCGGCUCAAGGUGCUGCGGCUCAAGAGCAACCUGAGCAAGCUGCCGCAGGUGGUCACGGACGUGGGCGUGCACCUGCAGAAGCUGUCCAUCAACAACGAGGGCACCAAGCUCAUCGUCCUCAACAGCCUCAAGAAGAUGGCCAACCUGACGGAGCUGGAGCUGAUCCGCUGCGACCUGGAGCGCAUCCCCCACUCCAUCUUCAGCCUCCACAACCUGCAGGAGAUCGACCUCAAGGACAACAACCUCAAGACCAUCGAGGAGAUCAUCAGCUUCCAGCACCUGCACCGCCUCACCUGCCUUAAGCUGUGGUACAACCACAUCGCCUACAUCCCCAUCCAGAUCGGCAACCUCACCAACCUCGAGCGCCUCUACCUGAACCGCAACAAGAUCGAGAAGAUCCCCACCCAGCUCUUCUACUGCCGCAAGCUGCGCUACCUGGACCUCAGCCACAACAACCUGACCUUCCUCCCCGCCGACAUCGGCCUCCUGCAGAACCUCCAGAACCUGGCCGUCACGGCCAACCGGAUCGAGGCGCUGCCACCGGAGCUCUUCCAGUGCCGGAAGCUGCGGGCCCUGCACCUGGGCAACAACGUGCUGCAGUCGCUGCCCUCGCGGGUGGGCGAGCUGACCAGCCUGACCCAGAUCGAGCUGCGGGGCAACCGGCUGGAGUGCCUGCCCGUGGAGCUGGGCGAGUGCCCCCUGCUCAAGCGCAGCGGCCUGGUGGUGGAGGAGGACCUGUUCAACACUCUGCCCCCUGAGGUGAAGGAGCGGCUCUGGAGGGCCGACAAGGAGCAGGCCUGAGCGUGGGCAGCGGGCGGGUGCCCAGCAGCGGGACCUCGGGGGAGGCCUCGGGCCCAGGAGCCCCGGGACAACCAGGCCUGCCCCUUGGCUGGGGCAGGAGCCUGGGCUGGACUGAGCUGGGCCGAGAGCGGACACGGCCCCUGAGGGGCUGGCCCCUUCUCCCUCUGGACACUCGUGCCCCCAGGGCAGGCGCCUGCGGGGAAGAUCAGAGACUGUAGUCCGUCCCCAGCACAGUAUUUGGACAAUCAGGCCCCAGAGGCCGAGCCGAUGCCAGAGGUCCAGGGACCCCGACUCAGUUCUCGGUAUUUAUUUUCUCCCCGCUCCACCCGCGAUAACUUAUACAUUCCCGAGAAAGUUCUGCUCCGAGGGGCAGGGUUCGAGGAAGGGUGGGCUGCGUUUCCCUUUUCCUUUUUUUGGGUGAUGCUGCCAGCAUUUAGUGCCCAUCCAGACUUGGCAGAGCGGUCCAGGGUGAGCCAGCUGGGGCACGUCGCCACAGAGGUGGCAGGCUGGGCUCUGGUGGCCCAGCCCGUGGGACAGCAGGCCACCCAGCGGAAAGGCCAGGCCUGGGGUUUGCCUCGCCAGUUUAGAUUUUUUUUUUUAAGCAAAAAAAAAAAAAAAAUUUUUUUUUAAAGCCUUGAAUAUCGAUGGUUUGGGUAUUAAAAAGAAAAAACUUAAAAAAAAAAAGGACACUAAAGGCCAGUGAGUUGGGGUCUCAGGGCGGGACAGCAGUUCCCCUUGAGCGGAGCAGCAGGACAUUGAACCGUUUCCUUCCCCCCGGGGUCACGGGCUGCAGGAUGUCUUCCGAAUCUGGGGACCUUGGUCCAGGAGUCUGUUCCUCUCCCCGCCCAGGGCCGGGGUUCUUUUGUUUUGUUUUGUUUUCGGUGUCUUGUUUUCUUCCUCCUCCGUGCAUCUUGGCAGGCUCGCACUUCUGUGGCCGUCGGCCAAGGGGAAUGUUCGGGAGCUGCCAGGAAGGGAGGAGGCUCAGGCUGGCUAAUCCCCGGAUGAACGGUGCUCCAUCGUCCCCGUCCCUCGUCCUCCGUGUCACAGUGUUCAGGAGCCCAGAGGAGCCACCUCACCGGAACUCUGCUUUCCCUCGUGUGGCAUGUGUCUCCCCAGGGCCACGCCUCACCUCAGCUGCCGACGACGUCUGCCCGGUCACCACCUGACUCUGCAGAACAGACACUUGGAGGCAGGGUUGUGGGGCGGGCGGGGUGGGGGGAGUCGCCGCUGGGGGCAGGGGCAGGCUCCCCAGAUUCUGGUUCCAGUUUCUGUCCCAGGCGCCUGGCGCACGCAGCCCACCCAGCGCCUGGUGGCAGGAAGCCAGCCCACUUCCGAUCAGUCACCGGGGUCCCCGACCUUAGAAGGGUCCCCGCCCAGAUCAGUCACUCGGACACUAAGGCUCGUUUUAGCGUCUCUCGUCUUCACGAUUAUGUCCGUUUGUCCAUUUGUGUUUUCCGCGUCGUGUCAUCAGAUGUAACCCUCAGAAAUAACGCACACUAGCCUCUGACAACCAUGAAGCCAUCCGUUACACGUGGGUCUGAACUUGUAGACUCGGUUCAACUAUCAAAUAAAUCUAUAUCAGAAAGUA